AUGCCUGGCAUAGCACCCUCCCUGCCCACGGAUGCGCAGUCCGUGGACCCGGCAUAUGCCAUGGAACACGCCAGCGAGAACUUUAUCACGUGCGAGGUGAUGCUCGGUACCACCACCACGGAAAGCUACAGUGAUUUUAGUGCCAACGACAUACAGUACGGGUUCGAGGAGGACCAAAGGAACCGCGUGCUGAGGACGUACAUCCGAAACGCGUACAUCUAUCACUUGAACGAAAUUUUUUCGGCUGUGAAAAACGAAUACACCGACUGGGACAAACCGAUCCAACAUCCUAUUAAUAUCCGCGAUUCGACUAUGGAGGCGCUGAGUGACGGGCAUACAGUGUCGCCGUUAGUGCGGCGCUUGGGUAGCAUCCGAGGUGAAGACCUCACCUACAUCCUUGGACUGCCGCUGGUCGGCGGCCUGCCUCAUUUCCCCCAAAACUUCAGUCGCCAAGAUUUGGGAAUCGCAGAGGCCAUGCUCAACUUCGUAAGCAACUUUGCCAAAAGCGGGGAUCCCAAUGCGCCGACGCCUGGUAGCAAAGAUACGUCUCCACCGGAUUACGGUACUAAUAAGGAGAAGACCCGGUACAAAGGGUUGGUUUGGGAGCCGUACGAGAUUGGGACUCAGUUUUAUCUGUCUGUCAGUAAGUAA